UCCUGAAAGGUGAGCAAAUCUCAGUCAGUCGCCGUUCCGCGAUGAUGCCGAAACUGUCUGCCAUGGAAGGCGGUGAAAACCUUCAGGAUCUGUAGAAAUGGAUGGAAUCGACACCGGCUAACAGGACAUAUAGUGAUAUCUUACUUUCCCUUUGGUUCUUUUGGUUGUAAGCUCGUUCAAAGAAAUACAUUGGGAAGGCAACAAGUUCCAUCAUGGAAUGCGUCGUGGUUGUCUUGUACGCUCUCUUGAAAAUGUCAAGUUUAGCCUAUGCCAACCAAGAAGAACCUGGUCUUAAUGAACACACCCUAGAUGAAAGACCUGUUCCUUCAAGCUCCUUGUCAUUACCAGUGUCGUCAAAUCUACCCAGAUUGAUCAACAGUACAACUAAAAGGCCUAUAAAACCAAAUUUCAAUACAGUGCAGGCUUCAAGUGGUUCCAUCAGUAUAAUAGAGACAACCAAAAUGGGCCAGUCACGAGCUUCAACAAAGAUCCUUGCACACACAAGCAUUUCAUUAGGAAAUGUGUUGACAAGCUCGUCACAAACUAGCACUGUUGAUAUGAAUCAGAGUCGUAACACUCCACAUGUGCAGGCAUCAAGUGAAGCUCAGUCUUCUCCUCAAUCAACUUUGAGAACUAUACCUAGUCAAAAGGAAGAUGUUUUGUCUACCUUACAUCUCUCUUCCAAGACUACUAAUUCCCUAUCACCAUCCCGCAAUCUUGUCAAACCACUGCUGUCUACAACCAGCAUUUUGGCUCACACUUCAAUUAUUGGAUCAGGUAUAAGUCCAUCAGAAUUGCCUGGUCAUAGUUCUUCUAGUAUGAUGACCAGAUCCACCGUGGUACCUACAGUUCGUGUUUCUAGGACUCAAAGCAUGGUUAGUCCAACCACAGUAUAUUCCACAUCUGCUGAGACAUCAUUGUACCUAAGUUCAAGUGUUUUGCCAUUACGUCCAACUACUUCACCUUCACCAGGUGCUCCAGACCCACCAGUCAUUCGGGAAACCAAUGUGUUAUCAGCUCACAAUGUGCUUAUCAACUGGAAUACAACAACAGGCCAGAUUGUUUCCAACUUUUCAGUGGAGCUGAGUUUGGAUUUUGUCACUUGGAAAAAGGCCGUGUGCAAUGGUUCUGUGCUGCCAGGGGAUUGUGUCGUAACACAGAAGGAAGCUGUGAUUAUACAGUUGAAGCCUUAUACAAACUACACAUUUAGAGUCAUGGCAAGAGGCCUUUUUGAAACAAGCAAUUAUAGUACAGAGAGUAAAAUGGUUCUGACUAAUCAAGCAGCUCCAUCUGGUGCUCCCCUAAGAACAGCAGCACACGCCAUUAGCUCACAAGAAAUUUUGGUUGCCUGGCAACCACCACCUCCAGAAACCCUAAAUGGCAAGUUACAAAAAUAUGAGAUCCAUGUUAGAAAGACAACUUCUUUACAGCCGACUACUUUGCCGUCAAGCAAAGUUGUUGCAACAACAUACACACUUCGUGGUGCUGGCUCAUCUGUUAUCAUGCCAAGUGGCAGAUCAUUGUUGUCAUCAUUUACGUCUGUAUCCUCAACCCCCAAACCCACCACGCCUGGUGGUGCUUUACCUGUGACUGAACCACUCGAACCAACUCAAGAACCAGAGGAGCCGAGAACAGAUCAGGUUGGGUCCCUCAGUGUGAUAGAUGCUGGACUAGUCCUUAAUUACACGGUAGGGAAUCUGGACAAGUGGACAAUUUAUGAAGUUAAAGUGCGUGCUGUUACGGUUGCCCCAGGACCAUUUAGUGACAAGGUUAUUGUACGCACCAGUGAAGAUGUUCCUAGUCAGCCACGCCAAGUGUUUGCAAAGGCUGUAAAUUCCACUGCAAUUUUUGUGAAUUGGACUGAGCCAACAGAGAUAAAUGGUCACCUUGUUCAGUAUCAGGUUAAAUAUUCUGCAAAAUUUUCCUCGGAAUCAGUAAUUACCAAAGAUGUUGGUCUAAACAGUAGUGCAGUCCUGGCAUCGCUAAAUCCUUUCACCCUUUAUGCGAUCAACGUCAGUGCAUUCACAAGGAAAGGGGAAGGAAGUCAUGCGAGUGUUGAGCUACUAACAGAUGAAGCACGGCCAUCGACACCUCAGAAUCUCUCCGCCCAGAGUGUAAGCUCGACAGAAAUCCUAGUUUCUUGGAAAACACCAGCAAACACUAAUGGCAAAAUAAAAUACAGAUUGUCGUUUUACAAGACAUCAGAACUGAGUGCAGUGACUAAGCUGGUGUAUGAUGGGAACGCAACUCAACACUCGGUAUCUCACCUGAGGCCUUACACUCGGUACACCUUCGAAGUUGUGGCUUACAAUGUGAAAUACAAUCUGUCAAGUUCUUCAAUUGAUACCUCGGAGAAAACAGACCAAGAUUACCCUUCAGGUCCUCCACAGAGUGUGCAUGCCAUAACCAAUUCAUCUUCAUCCAUCAUUCUCAACUGGCUGCCUCCAAGAGUAGAUCAACAGAAUGGAGAAAUAAGAAGUUACAAAAUUAAAAUGCGCGGCGGCGAUCCUUUGUACACGACGAUAAACACGAAGAAUAAUUCAACAACAUUACCAAUUACUGGUCUACAGGCGUACACUAAUUACAGCUUCGAGUUGCAGGCAGUUAAUGACGAAGGGGUGGGCCCCUACAGUAGUCCUGUUAUAAGCAGAACUUUUGAAGCAGAACCGUCAUCUCCACGAAACGUCACAGCUGUGGCUGUGAACUCGACGGCAAUAAAAGUUUCCUGGAUCAAAGCGUUGCAUCCAAAUGGUAUUAUUCUUUACUGGCUUUAUAUGCGUCUGAGUCAAGAGGAUGAGCAAAAAGAUCAAGUGGUGCAUCGAGGAAUGGACACUUCUUAUGUUGCAGCUGAUUUACAAGAGUAUGUCAUGUAUACAUUCACUGUCGUGUCUGUUAACAUCAGGCACAGCUGGAAAAGCAAGCCAGUGGUUGUCAUGGAAACUACUCAUCCUGCAGAGCCUACAGGUCCUCCAAAAGACAUCCUUGCCUGGACUCUUUCUUCAAUGUCGAUACUAGUUAAAUGGAGUCCUCCUCUGCCUUCGGAGCAGAAUGGCGUCAUCUUGCGAUAUACUGUACGUUACAGAUCACAAUCCAGCCAGUUAAAAAGCCUGGAUACAGCUGACAAUAGCACCAGCAUCGAAGUGAAAAACCUUACCAUCUUCACCAAGUACUGGUUUACAGUAAAAGCUUGGAAUGUGGUAGGAGCUGGUCCAGAAAGUGAACCAGUCCAUAACACAACUUCUGAAGACACGCCUUCACCUCCUGUAAAUAUUGUCGCCAAGACAAUCAACUCCACAGCCAUCAAAGUGACAUGGCAAACGCCGCUUUACCCAAAUGGCGAGAUCAAUUACAGGUUGUACUACUGGCUGAGCAGCGAGGGAGUUGGUUCCAAACGUUUGGCAUACGACGGUCCUUCAUUGGAGCAUACUGUGGCAGGGCUCCACGAAUUUGUCACUUACACCUUCAUGUUACAGGCAUACAAUGUCAAGCAUUUAUGGAUUAGUACAGCAAUCAAUGCUACUGAAACUACACACCCAGCAGAGCCCUCUGGUCCUCCUCUGAAUGUUAAAGCACUUACAAUGUCAUCGACCUCAAUUCUCGUUGGAUGGAGCCCUCCUAGUGAACUGGACAGGAAUGGAAUCAUCACUCAUUAUAUCGUGAAAUACAGCUCCCUUGACAGCGAAUCGUCCAUCAACACCACUGACAAUGCCACGCAGAUCCUUGUGAGAAAUCUAAGAAAAUACACCAAUUAUUCCUUCACUGUUCGGGCGGUUAAUAAGAUUGGUGUCGGCCCGCCUAGUGUAGAUAAUGUAAGAAAUACCACUUCUGAAGACGUGCCUGGUGAACCAGUCGUCGUAAAUGUCAGCUCAAAGACCAAUUCCUUAGAAGUGACCUGGGAGCCGCCCACGGAGCCGAAUGGUAUUAUCACAACGUUUCGACUAUGCUGGAUUCUUUCUGCGGAGUACAAUAAAACUUGUGUUUCCUUGAAUGGUGGUGCGAGCCGGUAUGAGAUUCGUAAUCUGACUGCAUUUUCUGAAUAUGCUGUUUCCCUCGCUGCCGGUACCUCAAUAGGCCUGGGGCCGUUUUUCACCAGAGUCGACAAAACAGCUGAAGGAGUUCCUUCGAAACCGCAAGAUUUAAGAGCUUGGAAUACCAGCGCAACGUCCAUUUUUGUCACGUGGAAGAAACCAGCGAGCAUUAAUGGCAUUCUGAAAGGAUACCAGGUGUUUAGCCGUCCGACAGAAGACACGGGCGAGCCUUCACCAAAGGAUGCCGGUCUCCGCACAAACUUUACACUGUCAGGAUUGGAGCCGUACAAUCACUAUAACGUUGCUGUCCAGGCCCUCACGAGCGCUGGCGGAGGAGAGAUGAGUAGGGUAAUGGUCAUGACUGACGAGACAGCACCAUCUCCAGUUAGGGAGGUAUCAAUUCCACCAGAGAAGAUAACAAGCUAUUCCAUUGAAGUGAGAUGGCUUCCACCUGAAAAAAGAAAUGGCGAGAUCGGUUAUUAUUUCUUUUACUGGGAAUCAUCCGCUGGUUCGACGACCGCUGAAAGCUUCGUAAUACCAGGAAGUGUGCAUUAUAAACUUGUCAGCGGUUUAAAGCCAUUUACGAAUUACACGUUUUCGGUGGUGCCAUACAACUUGAGAAAGAAUCUCAGCGGGCACCCUUUUGAUCGAGAAGGGCAAACCAGUGCUACAUUCCCUAGUGGACCGCCACGGAAUGUGAAAACCGACAGCGCGACUUCUACGUCAUUCACGUUAACCUGGGACCCGCCUCUAGAGCCAAACGGUAUCAUCCUGGGAUAUGUCGUCAUGUACUACGAAUGCGACGAACCGGAUAAAAAGAAUAUCCAUGACAACAUCAAUGAACGCAAGCAAACCAUCAAAGACUUGCACCCUUAUCGAUGCUAUCGGAUGCUCGUGGCCUGUAAAUCAAGCGGAGGUUUGGGGGCGUAUUCUAACUGGGUUGAGCGUUGGACCAAGCCUGGAGUUCCUCCUCCCCUUGGCACAUUAGCGCCGCCUGAUAAAGAGACUAUUGAAAGUUUCUCUUUCAGAGUGGACUUGACGGAAGCGUCAAAUGAAAAGGGUGUUGUACGCUACUACCAAGUGAUAGUGCGAGAGCUCGCAACAGACAACAGAGACCAACCGGUGCGCGCCCAAGACCCUGAACUUUACAAAGUGGAAGACCUGUACACGUACGAAGAGGCCCGAAAGAUGAAACCACAGUUGGUGCCUUACAUCGCAGCUGAAUUUCACGCGAGUGACUUCGAUCGUUACCAGAGCUUUGUUGUGGGCGACGGUUCACGUAGCAGUAAGGUCUCCGAAGAUGUAUUGGGUCGACGGAGGAAGCGAGAGGAAAAUACCAUUGAAUACUAUAACGGUCCCCUCGAGGAAAAUACUUUCUAUGCCGUGUUUCAGCGAGCCUAUGUUAACAAGGAUGUUUACACCUCAAGUUCUUGGAUUGAACCGGUAGAAACAGCGGCCGCUGUCAGUCCCACAGAACCACCUGGAUCUUCCACAAACAUUGGUCUCGUUGUGGGAAUUGUUCUAGUUCUCCUCAUUGUUCUAAUUGUAUUAGCAGCUGUAUACUUUAUCAGGAUAAAACGUCAAAAUUCGGACACCGUGUUGGAUGACAGGGAUGAAUUCUCGAACGGUCGACCCGUGAGAAUGAAAAAGAUGAGUCGCAAGCGACGCUCUCUUCAGAAGAAGCGUUUAAUGGGAAGUACAGAGUCAUUGGGUGGUCUGGAAGAGUUGGCCGCCAGCAGAGCAAGGCGUCACCCCGUUCCAAUUGAUGACUUCGAAAGACACGUGGAUCGAAUGCAUAUGGACGGUGAUCAUGGCUUCUCCGAGGAGUAUCUGCUUGUCCAACCCGAUGAAGAAUUCUCAUUCCAGCAAUUCUUGAAUCCUGCCAACAAAUACAAGAACAGAUACGCCAACAUUGUUGCAUAUGACCACACCAGAGUGCUCCUGAACCCGAUUGACGGCGUACCUGGAUCUGACUACAUCAAUGCUAAUUUUCUCGAUGGUUACAACAGGCAGCGCGCCUAUAUAGCGGCACAAGGACCGCUGAUGGAAACGUUUGAUGACUUCUGGCGCAUGAUCUGGGAACAGAUGUCGUCCAUUAUCGUGAUGCUGACAAAAUUAGAAGAGAGGGGGAGGCGGUUACAAAUGCAGUACUGGCCUGAACGUGGUACGAGGAAUUACGGUCAGGUUCAAGUGACCUUGAAAGAAACUCUCAACAUGUCUCACUACACCGUGAGAAAGUUGGUGAUGACUCACAAAAUGUACCCUGACGAUGAACGUGUCGUUAAGCAGUUCCAUUUUACGGCGUGGCCAGAUCACGGGGUACCGUCCCACUCCACCCCCCUGCUAUCGCUGGUGCGUCACACGUUCUCUUCCAAUCGAGAAUCGAUCGGUCCAAUGGUGGUACAUUGCAGUGCGGGUGUUGGUCGCACGGGGACUUUUAUUACCCUGGAUGUUAUGCUACAGAGGAUAAGCCAGGAAGACAGUAUUGAUGUGUUUGGUUUUGUGCGUCAAAUGAGAUAUCAGCGAAACUUCAUGGUGCAAACUGAGGCCCAGUACGUGUUCAUUCACGAUGCCUUGCUUGAAGCCAUCACCUGCGGAGUUACUGAGGUCGAGGCCAAAGAUCUCGGCGCCCGCAUACGGGAACUUCGUCAAGUCGACUCGGAAACCGGUUAUACGUAUUUGGAAAACGAGUUUUGCCGGUUGGCUAAAGAAGAGAAUCAUCCUAUCGCUUUCAAGAGCGCCAGCCUUAACUGCAACACUUCAAAGAAUCGAUAUGCAAAUAUUCUGCCAUUUGAGAGCACUAGAGUACAUUUGAAGAUGAGGCCUGGGGAAAUGGGAUCUGAUUACAUCAAUGCUAACUUCAUCGAUGGUUACUGCCAGCCAAGAGCCUACAUAGCAACCCAAGCCCCAGUCCCCGACACGUUUGAAGAUUUUUGGCGGAUGGUGUGGGAACAAGAGUCUGCUGCUGUGGUGAUGCUGACGAGAGAGGAGGAGGCCGGGAAGGUGAAGUGCCAUCGUUACUGGCCUUCCGAGGGAUCUCGCUUGUAUGGUGUCAUUCUUGUUGAACUAGUAGAGGAAGCGUCGUUUGGCGAUUACAUUUCCAGGAAAUUUAAGCUCACACACACCGAGGAGAAAGACUCUCGCACCGUAUGUCAAUUUCAGUACACGGAUUGGCCAGAUACUGGACUGCCGGACUCUGGAGUGGGGAUUGUGGACCUCAUUGGUCAAGUACAGAAAUGGCAGCAACAGAGCGGUAAUACAGCUAUUGUCCUACACUGCAGUGGUGGUGUCGGUCGUACAGGAGUGUUCUGUGGAAUCAGUAUGAUGAUCGAGCGUCUGAAGGCCGAGGGAGUGAUUGACGUUUUCCAGACAGUUCAGGCCAUGAGACUUCAGAGGCCCGCAAUGGUGCAAACCGCGGAGCAAUACGAAUUCUGCUACACGACGCUGCAAGAGUACUUGGAUUCGUUUGAUUUAUAUGCAAACUUCCAGUAAGGGGCUCCCAAUGGGUUAAUCCAAUCAGUGAUGGAUUGUUAAAUUCUCUUAAACUAUUUUAAAUAACCGCGAGAGUAAUGGAUCUGAGUAAUGGACCCCUGGAAAGACUUUCUGACCGGAAAAUAGAUUCUCUCGGGGAGAAAUAACCAAAAUGUGUGGGAAACAGAAAUAUUAAUUAUCGAACUCGAAGAAAUAAAAUCAAGUUCGUAUAUCAAUUAUAUUUUGACAAGAAAACGAUUUUUGAAGGGAGAAAAAAUGCGUUAAUAAGACAAACAUUAUAGCAAUGCGAACAGAAUUGAAAUUAUCUAUUUUUAUACGAAGUUUAGAAUAAGUCUAUUUUUCCAAUGUUACUGGUGCGAUAGCUUUGCGAUAUCCAGAAAGAACGAACGUUUUGUAUAAUUGAAGCUGAUUUUAUAUAAGUUAAAAUGAAAAUCUGCCGGUAAUGAAGGAUUUAGCUUUGUGAAUCAGUUGGACUGUACAACAGUCGGUUGACGAGCGCUCCUUACGAAAAAGGACGUGUAAAAGUUAUGAAUGAGGCAGGAACGCGAGAUCCACUCGUGAGACUCGCGCGGCAAACGCGAGGUGUGCGCAUGGCCAGCAGGAGGUCGGCGCAUGGCAAGCGUGAGGUACGUGCGUUGUAAGCCCAAGACUGACUUACUGCAGUUGUUUUUUCUAAAAGGAGAAAAGAAAGACUCUUGCAGUCAGCAAAGCGGCAGUGAUUUGGUUUUUAGUGAAAUUGUAAGCGAUUGUUCAACUCCCAGUCGAAGAAUUGAAGACUUCGUUUUAUAAGGCAUUACGAUUAAAAUUUAAUUAUUUAGCUUUUCUAGUACUGAAUUUAGUCAUUAAAAGAGAACUGAUAGUGAUAUUUUUGAACGCUGUUCUGUCAGCCUGUCACGAACCGUUGCGUGACUCGCCGGAGGCUAAUCGGAGCUGUGGCUUCGACAGUCCAGGAUCAAUAGUGUUAUGUGGGGUGAAUUAAAUAUACCAUCCACAAGUAAAUCCAGCACCCAAAAUAUGUUCCUUUUUUUCAUAUUUGGUGCUGAUUAAUUGAAAGAAACCCAUGUUCAGGUCUUUUUUAGAUAAUCUGAACUUUUCUAUUUUUAUGAUAUUGAUAGCAUAUUUUUUGAAGAAGAGCUCUUGUUAUAUAAUUAAAACAAAAUUGUAGAAAAUGUUGGACUUG